CGCGGGAUAUGCCGCUAACAAUUUCCUUUCUGAUUCUGAAUGAAUAAAUAAAGCUCAACCGCCAUAAACAACAGUGCAAGAGCACACUUCUUAGUUCAUUCCAUCAUUCAUCUUAUUUAUUUAAUUUUUUUCCGUCAAUCGAAAGUAAAACAAGGAAGGAUCAAGAAGGGUCCUCGCUGCGAGUGGUAGUACGCAUGGCUGGGACUAAGGGUUUUCAAUCUGGGUACAACAACGAAGCGUUUGGCUUUGGAUUUCAACUGACUUUCUAACUCGGUCCAAGAAUUGACGCUGUAACCACAGUUAAUUCUUGCCGUGAGGAUAGAAACAGCAGACACCAGAUCUAUGAGAAAUGACAGAAGACACUAGAUCCAUGAUUAAUGACAAGGUUGAGAAGCUCUCAGUUCCACCUGGUUUUGUGUCGCUGUCGUCCUUCACACUGAAGAAUUUAUCAAGUAAUGAAGUGGCAUGUUCUUCGAUGGCAGUUGGGGAUGCGUUUCAAACAGAGCUAAGCCCAGUGGGCUUUACCCCCACCAUGGACAAUAUUGCAAUGUUCAAGAGUAAUCUCAGUCAUAGACCAUGGAUUCUUUAUAAUCAAUUUGAUUACAAGUCAAAUGAAUCUGAUUCUGAACUUGAAAUGAAUUUUCCCUUGAGAGCUUGCCUGCCUAAAGGAGUGGUCCGAGGAUGUUCAAGUUGUCCUAAUUGCCAGAAGGUUAUUGCUCGGUGGCAUCCUGAAGAAUCUCAUAGGCCUGUACUUGAAGAGGCACCAGUAUUCCAACCUAGUGAAGAGGAAUUCAAGGAGUCACUUGAAUAUGUUGCAAGAAUACGUCAAAAAGCAGAGCAGUUUGGAAUAUGCCGAAUUGUUCCUCCUCCUUCCUGGAAACCACCAUGCCUUCUCAAAGAAAGGAAUAUAUGGGAGACUUCUAAAUUCAAGACCCAUAUUCAACUGGUUAAUGACCUUCAAGAUCAAGGUAUAAAGAGAAAUCUGGAUAGAAGUCACAAGGAGGCAAAAAUUAAGAGGAGGAGAGUUUGGAUGAGGAGUUCUGGAGAUGGAUCUUUGAAUGAAAUCUCUACAGAUGCUAAUGAAGCUCAAUCUCAGGCUGAGAGCUUCAUAUCCAAAUUGGGGCCUGAGUUGACUCUAGAAGCUUUCAAUCGGUAUGCUGAUGAUUUUAAGAGGCAGUACUUCUGUAAAAGGGAAAAUGCUAUAAAUUCAGAUGCUAACUUGACCGCGCAUGAAGAUGGAUGGGAGCCAUCAGUUGAAAGUGUAGAGGGAGAAUAUUGGAGGAUAAUUGAAAAUCCAAUUGAAGAAAUUGAGGUUCUUUGCUGUGCCAACGUUGAAACCGGAGGAUUUGGAAGUGGGUUUCCAGUACAUUCUAAUUCAAUGGGAUUACCAAAUUAUCCUGAAUAUCGCGACUCAUGUUGGAACUUGAAUAAUAUUUUCAAGCUUCCUGGUUCACUCCUUGGUUAUGAAAAUCGUCAAGCUUCUGCAGCUUUACUGCCUCAUCUUUCCACAGGGAUGUGCUUUUCCUCUGUUUGUUGGAAAGCUGAAGAGCAUCAUAUGUAUUCCCUUAGUUACAUUCAUUUCGGUUCCCCUAAAAUAUGGUACGUCAUCCCAGGAGGAUAUUGCUACAGGUUUGAGAGAGUUGUCAAGAAGCACCUCCCGCAUUGUCUUGAGCAUCCUGAAUUGCUGUAUAAGAAUAUCUCUCAACUUUCUCCUUCUACCUUAACCGCAGAGGGCAUUCCUGUCUAUCGCUGCGUCCAAUAUCCGGGGGAGUUUGUUGUUACGUUCCCUGCAGCAUACCAUUCACAAUUUGACUGUGGUUUCAAUUGUUCUGAGACUGUUAAUUUCGCUCCUUUUGACUGGUUGCCUUAUGGUCAGCAUGUUGUAGAAAUGUAUUGUGAGCAAGGUAGAAAGACAUUGAUUUCUCAUGAUAAACUGCUUCUUGGUGCUGCCAUGGAUGCAGUGAGGGAAAAGUGGAAAUGUGAACUGCUUAAAAAGAAUGCAAGUGUUUGUGGUAAGGAUGGGAUCCUAACAAAAGCACUCAAGUUACGGGUCAAACAGGAGGCCAUCAGGAGAGAAUAUCUUUGCAGGGGUUUACAGUUGCAAAAAAUGGAGGAUGACUUUGAUAGCGACAAAAGGGAUUGUAGCACAUGCCUCUAUGAUCUACAUUUUUCUGCCAUAGGGUGUUCAUGUUCACCAGGCAGAUACGCAUGUCUGCUACAUGCAAAGAACCUCUGUCCUUGUCAUUGGACUGCCAGAUAUCUCCUCUAUAGAUAUGAGAUCUCUGAGUUAAAUCUCCUGGUUCAAGCUUUGGAAGGGAGGUUGGACGCCAUUUAUCAUUGGGGUAAAAAGAAACUUGAUUUACGGGUGAGUUCUGAUGACUUGAGGGAGUUGAGGAACCGUGGCGAAGUGUCUGCUUCUGUAAAAUCUGCAGCAACCAGCACUUUAUCUCAACUUCUGGGGCCAAAAGAACUAGUGACUGGACAGGUAUGUAGAAAGGAGGAAGAGGAGAAAUAUGAUUUACAGAGAAUUUCUGCUGGUAGCGGUAGCAGGCAAGAUACUCUGGAAUGUAUAGACCCAAACUUUGGCAACAUAACUUCUAAGAAAGGAAAAUUUGACAAAUCUCAAACCGUUCAAAAUGAAGUUAUUGUUCUUAGUGAUGAUGAGGAUUGAGUGGGAAUGGACGUAUGCAGAACAGUGGUCCCAAUGGUCGGAUUUAUGGAGCAAAUCUGUAUACCUGAUUUAAAAUGUUAUAGAGGUAGCUUGCCAUAUCUUUGUUUGAGGUUGGCAACGUGAUAAAGAAAUGCAGCGUGUGGUGCUUGGAAGAAGUCUUGAGGUUUAUCUGAUGAGCGGUUUGCAUCUGGUGGGAAGUGAGAAGGAACUCUUUUCUAUAGUCCGUUGAGCAUGCUUGCUUGACAUGUCCAGAAAAGCAACUUGCCAAAGGGAGAUUCUGGAGUGAGUUCACUGCAGAGAUGGGAUGACAUGAAACGGAAGCAACCAAAUUGUUCGGGGGAUGUUCGUUUACUUUAAAUCACCUUCUUAUUUGGUCUUCGUGUAAAUAAAUUUUUGGUGAGAAGCUUUUUAUCCGUUUCAGGAAAGAGCUAUAAAUCAGUGACAUUGAACAACUGAAAGGAACAGAAAUUUAUUUUCCAGGAAAAGAAAGACAAAAUGCUGGCUCAAAUUUCUUUGCUAAACAGAUAAUUUUCAUUUGAACAA